AUGCUCCUGCUGGACUUGCACUUUGCUGUCAUAGUGCUGCUGCUCUGUGUCAACUGUCUACAUGGCUCCGCUCUUUUUGCUGCAUCCUCCUAUGAGUUCACUGCUUACAGGAUGCAACAAUACAACCUGGCAAAACAGAAUCACGGUUGCCGAGGCGCCAUCGUGGUGGCAGAGGCCCGGGCGGCCGAUGAGCCGGUGCUGACGCGGCGCUGUGUCAUCAUGAGGGUAGUGGACUUCACCUCCAAAACAUACACUGAGGCUCAGAGACAAAAUGCUGCCGCCAUUCUGAUCCUUCUACCAACAAAUAUGUCGAAUAUUUCACCCGAAGUAAUCCAGUCCUUCAUGAUGAGCGAGAGACUCGCCUUGAUGAAGGAGACUCUCAUGCCGGUGUAUGUGGCCCCCGAGGAUGAGCAGCUGCUCCACAUGUACGAAGAGGUGAAGAAGGCCGCAUCCGCACGGACUUCAUCCAUAUUCGUUCGAGUCUUUCGAAGUAUGGUAACAGCAACAGCCUUUCAGAUCUUAGUGACCAACAACGUCCCUAUCAAGGCCAUUACAGACACAACACUGGUUGCACUGGAAGGAGUGCUUCCUGGAGCCGGUGAUGACAUACCCACUAUUGUGAUCACCGCACACUAUGAUUCAUAUGGACUGGCACCGUGGUUGUCAUAUGGAGCCGACUCGAAUGGAAGCGGUGUCAUCAUCUUGUUGGAAUUGGCACGCCUCUUCCAAAUACUUUAUAGUAGCUCGAGCACAAGACCACGAUAUCAUUUAUUAUUCUCUCUCACCGGAGGAGGAAAACACAAUUUCCUAGGCACCAAGAAGUGGAUCGAAGAGAACCUGGACCAUGCUGAAUCUAGCCUCCUUCAUGACAAUGUGGCAUUUGUGCUGUGUUUGGAUACACUGGCUAACGGGGAUGAACUGUACAUGCACGUGUCUCGUCCACCUAAAUCGGACUCUCCCAUGUAUGCAUUCAUUCAACAUUUGGAGCAGGUGGUUUCGUCCAGAUUCCCGUGGGUGAAAACAGAACUGGUUCAUAAAAAGAUCAACCUUGUCGAGUCAACGGUGGCCUGGGAGCAUGAGCGCUAUAGCCUCCGCAGGAUACCAGGAUUCACUCUGUCUCACCUGGAAGACCCCAAAUCUGAGCUACGGGGCUCCUUACUUGACACUGUUUCACAAGUGGACCUUCAGAAAAUGAAGCGCAAUGGUAUCAUCAUAGCAGAAGCGCUGGCACGGUACUUGUACCAUUUAUCUGACAAGAAUUCCCCACAAGAUGUUCAGCUCUUCAAAGGCCGGUUGGACUUGUACGACAGUCGAAUAUCCAGUCUGAUGUCCUUCCUGACUUCAGUCCCCCGAGCCACGCAGCUGAUGGAUAAAGAGCCUGCUCACAUCCUGCUCAUCAACUCGCUGGAGCAUGAAUUCAAACAAUACUUACAGCAAGUCCACAGGCACACUUUCAGACAGGACAAGAGGGACCCUGAUAUAACAUUUUUUGAUCAAAUGAGCCAGCCCAUAGUGAUGUACAGGGUGAAACCUGCUGCUUUUGAUCUGUUCUUGGGUGGCUGCAUCAUGGCAUAUUUGGGCAUUGUUUACUAUGCAAUACAGAACUUUGACUAUGCCUACACAAAAUUAAAGGGAGCAGUAAAACACAAGCAUCACUAAAAAAAGACCCAUUUGAGAAUUGGUUUGGACUUUACUGAAAUGUUUGAUCAUUAUUUAUGGGAAAUAUUUUUUUCGUCUAUCAUUUUAACUGCUUUAUAUUUGCUGUUUGAAUCAAUGAAGCUUAUAAAAAUGACCACAAUUUGAGGGAAGAUUCUGAGA